UCCUGCACACUACUCUGCUCAGCACACAGUUUCCAGGGGCUCUGAUGGGAAAUACAGAGCUAUGGCACAUCACCACUUCUGCACAGUAAGAAAGGAACAAACUAAAACAGUAACCCUUCAACACACAACUCGGGUGGCAUGAAACCAACAUGAAAAAGGAAAGAAACAGAUGUUCAGAAGGAACAAGGGGGAGCCUGAGCCCUGAAAUAUUGUGCCUUUAGUGUACAAUGGAUUGUACAAAAUUAGUGUUGUGAUCUGGAAAUCAACUGAAAACACAGUGUUAUCACGAGGACUGAAAUGCCUAGUGCCUUCCCACUGAAGGAUGGGUUUGCUUUUGUUGAAAACGGCUUCGGACUGCCCUAAAGUGGUCAAGAACUAGCUGGAGGACAAGAAUAUAGAACACAGCUAAAACACACAGGAGAGUUAAAACAUUUAAGUGAAACCAUGGGCAAUUAAAAGGUUUGAAAAUGUAGCUGUGAAAAAAAAAAAUAUAUAGUGACGCGAAUCCGAUUCAAGCAAGCAAAGCGAUUCACUAUGGAAAUGCACACAAACUCAAUGAUCCACACCUAUGUAAACGACACAGCGUUGGAGCUGAACGGUUCUUAUGUCUGCAAUGAAACCACAUACCGUGGCUUGGCCGAGGUCAGCGCAGACACCUACCAGUUCUACGUCGUCAGUCUCUUCCUCUCGUGCUUGUACACCAUCUUCCUCUUUCCCAUCGGCUUCAUCGGCAAUAUCCUGAUCUUGGUCGUGAACCUGACGCACCGGGACAAGAUGACCAUCCCGGAUCUCUACUUCGUUAACCUGGCCGCAGCAGACCUCAUCUUGGUGGCGGACUCCCUGAUCGAGGUCUUCAACCUCAACGAGAAAUACUACGACAUCGCCAUCCUCUGCACCUUCAUGUCCCUGUUCCUCCAGAUCAACAUGUACAGCAGCAUCUUCUUCCUGACCUGGAUGAGCUUCGACCGCUACAUGGCUCUGGCCAGUGGCAUGAAAACUGGGCCCUUCAGAACCAUGCAGCAGGCCCGGCUGAGCUGCGCUCUCAUUUGGAUGGCCUCCAUACUGGCCACCUUGAUGCCCUUCACCAUCGUGCAAGCCCAGCACACGGGGGAGGUCCAUUUCUGCUUCGCCAACGUGGUGGAAAUACAGUGGCUGGAGGUGACUCUGGGAUUCCUUGUGCCCUUUUCCAUCAUCGGGCUCUGCUACUCCUUGAUCGUGAGGAUCCUCAUGAGGGCUCAGAAGCACAGGGGCUUGUGGCCCAGGAGGCAGAAGGCACUCCGCAUGAUCGUGGUGGUGGUCCUGGUGUUCUUCAUCUGCUGGCUUCCCGAAAACGUCUUCAUCAGCAUCCAGCUCCUCCAAGGGACAGGUGACCCCGCGCACCCAGACGACUGGACGUUGAUGCACAGCCACCCACUGGCCGGGCACAUCGUCAACCUGGCUGCCUUCUCCAACAGCUGCCUCAACCCAAUCAUUUACAGCUUCUUGGGGGAGACGUUCAGGGACAAACUGAGGCUGUUCAUUAACCAGAAAGCAAGCUGGUCCGCACUGCAUCGCUUCUGUCACCACACCUUGGAUUUUCAGAUCUCUGUUCGGAACGAAGUUUCAGAGGUUUAAAAAAAUAAUUAUGUGAGGAAGCCAAAAAAAGCUAAAUGCUACGGGGAUACCUGAGCAGCAGCAUUGGCUGCAUCGGCAAACAAACAACGGGAUUCCCAGCAGUCCUGACAGCACAGUACAGUUUUUCUGAUACUGUACCAAAGAACCGCCAAACAUGUAGCAGUAUGUAUUUGGUCUCAACCCAUGCGGCACCACUGGUAGGUCAAAACUUAUUAAACAAAAUACCACUGUGGUAAAAUUCUACCAACAGCCCAGAACGUUUACGCUGCCUUUGUGCCAACAUUGCCACUUGGUGCCAAACCAUGGAAUCUCCACAGUAUUGCUCCCAGAGACCAUUUUGUAAAAGGAGUUUUUCUGUUCUGGUAAUGGGGCAAUACUGCUGGCAUUUACUGGGGCUGAAAACAAGCUAAGACUGAAUUGGCACAAUCCUCAAAGUUAAUUGCAAGUAGUCUUAAUUUAGAACUCAGUUUCCUCAGUAAUGCGAGUUUCUGCUUACAAGUUGCAAAACAAAAGGAUGGCAAAGUGUACAAAACAAACAUUCUGCAUAGGCCGCCAAGUUGAAGUCUGUUAUUGGCCGCCGACAUCUCCAACAGACAAUGAAAACGCAGUCUGACAAAUGCAAACUUUGUUUUUUCCGAUUUGUAUUAUUUUGCAAGUCAAUCCUUUUCCUUUCAAAGCAAUAUAGAACACAAAGUAUUUUUAUAAUAAAAGGUACCAUUACACUGUUAAACCCUGGCUGUUGCAGUGGACAGCAUCACGGAUAAUCCUUUGCAUAAGAGAUGGCAAUUUGCUGAAAUGAAAACUCAGUGUAAGUUGCACUGCUUUUUUUUUUUAAACAACAAUGUUGCCUAAUGAGCAAGAAACAAUUUAGGGGCUCUGAAACUCAUCCGAGUUGAUCGAUUUGCAGACCUCAUCAGUUGCCUUGCUGCAUUUACCCCUUGGCGCCCACUCACAAAAACAUUAGAAUUGUUGCCUUCCAGUCUCUGAAGCUUUAAUUUCGUACAAAGAAGAAACGGCACAUAUUGGAUACACAAUAGAAAUGUGAACAGACGACUAUAUAUUCCUAUUCUAUGAGAGGACUCUGUGUGCGUUCUCAGAGCUAGUUUAAAGUCUGACAGCGGCAUCGAUUUGUGCUGGAGAUGAAUCACAACAAACAGAGACAUUGACGAAGCACAAAAGGAAGCUGUCACAGCAAUUUCUCCAUGGAUAAAACGCACAACGAUGAUCAAGUUCACCUCUGCAGCGGAUGACAUGUUAAAUUAAAAACAAAACUGCCUGCAUAGGUAAAUAAUAAAGAAUGUAAAGCAAUUAGCAGGCAGGAUCCAUUUCUGAUAAUUAUACAUGUAUAAUGUGUGUAUAGGGCUUUGGAAGUGACAUUGAAAACAAACACACUGUUGGAAAAGGUCUUUGUGCAAUAUUUACAGAUAGCGGAUGUGUGCAUUUUAUGGAAACUGUUGGAUUAAUUUCCAAGACAAUGUAAAUUUACACAUACAAAAAGACAAAGUUGUUUAAUUCUGGGUGUGUCUUAUUUUCCCCCCAUGACUACUUCACAUCACAGCAAAUGUCUA